UACGUCAGUUUUUUACCUGUUUGACCUACUGUUUAACUAAUAAUUGGUAAGUAUAAAAAUAUGUUAAAACAUUUUUGCCACAAUGUAACAGUUAUUUCGCGCGCGCAUGCGUAAUACAAUUAAGGUCCUUAUAUGUGUUUGACAAUUUACUAAUUAGAUUUCCAUGUUCGGUAUGUAGAGCACAAGUUCGAUUUCAAUAUUCAUAUUAAAUGGAGGAACAUUUUAGUUGAGUAGGAAACUUCAUACAGCAAGGAUAUUCGUAGAUCAGGCAACACAAUGAAAAUUGUAUUAAAGCUUCCAGUAAUUUUCCUGAUUACAACUAUAGUUGUUGUUCACUCUCGAGUUCCGAUGCCACCUAAUAGUUUCCAAACGUUCCGAAGACAGGCAAUCAUUCAGCAUCAGCCUAUAAUACACCAUCAAACAAUAAUACAACACCCACCUAUUAUAACGAGAACACCAGCUCGUGACUCGCCAACAGGUGAAACAACUAACGCAAGUUUGAUAACAACAUCUGCAGCAACAACCACUACAACUACAACCGAACCACCCGAGCUAGAUGAUGACUUUCUUCCACCGCAACAAAUAGAAAUAAGGGGCGUUUACAACAAAGAUUAUCCGUAUAACUAUGCACCAACAACAUAUGGAUAUGAUUAUUAUGGUCUGGGAUUCGGGUAUAGUGGUGUUGGUGCAGCUGGUGGUAUAUCACGUGAAGUAGAUUAUGACUUCAAUCCCGCUCCAGAAAACCGACAACAGCAUAGUAAGCACAAUUCUCAGCCAUCAAAACUAGCAAAAUCAAAAACAACAACAGUUCCAACAACAAAAACAACGCAGACGACCGCGACAGUGACACCAGAACUAGACGAUGAUUUGAUUACUAGUCCAGCGACAGGUAAAACAGCAAACCACAAUCAAGAAGCUUACACAGGAUAUUGUUUUUGUUCUCCAUUAAGCCAGUGCCCAUUGGACUCGAUGCCCCGAGGAGGACUAUGCAAUAACUUUCUGGCGUAUUUUAUUAACUUGAAAUUUAUACGUUGUUGUUACAGCCCUAGUAUAGCAAGGAGCCUGCAAUUAUAAGAGAAGCUAGUCAUAUACAUGUACAUUAGUAACAAACAAGGACGAUCUUUUAUUCUUUCCGUUUGUAAAAUGCUAUGAAUAUAUACUAGUAGUUAAAAAGAUGAUAAAUACAUUAAUGAUGAAUUGUUAUAUCACUAACCCAUCAGUAAUUGGAUAAAUAAGUAAUGUACUAACAAAUAUGUAUUACAAAAUAAGUGGUUAAUUUUGUCAGUUUUCUUCUCUUGUCUGAUAAUCAUUAAAACAUAUAACUAUAAUUUCUUGCGUAUGAAAGUUAUGACUUUAACCCUUUUUAUCUAUUUUUUUAUAUAUAAUUUUGUCUAAUUCUUUGAUAUACUAAGGAAUAUAAG